CCUGUGGUGCCCACUGCCAGGAGAGCUGUGCUCUUAGGAGGAAGCAGCUCCCUGCAUCCCUCUCGAGCAGAGGACGACAGAGAUGGAUAAGGACAAGGGCACCCCCAACUCCCAGCCCCCCAGCCCCUUGCCCAGCUGGCUACAAGACCAGGCACUCAGUGGGCAGUGGCUGGGGGCAGUGGGCGGCUCAGAGCUGCCACUGUCAGAGACUGAGGAGGGGGCCUUUGUCCACGUGGAGGAUGACUGGAAAUACGACACCCAUCCAGACCUUUCCCAAUGCGCAGAUGUUACCGCAUGGGAAGAUGAUGUGACACUCCAAGAGCUCUACCGAUGGGAAGAAGUGAGAGUCCAACAACAUUCCCAACGGGGAGCCAGAAGACACCGAGAGCUCUACAAAUUUGAAGAAGAUGUGAGAGUCCGAGAACUUUCCCAAUGGGGGGAUGGGAGACACCCAGAGCUGUACCAACGGGAAGAAACUGUGAGAUGCCAGGAGCUGUACGAAUGGGAAGAAGAUGGUGUGAGAUACCAGGAGCUGACCCGAUGGGAAGAACAUGUGACAGUGCAAGAAGUGUCCCAAAGGGAAGAAGAAGAGACAUAUCAAGAGCUGUCCCAAUGGGGAGAUGUGGCAGUCCCAGAGCUGUCCCAGUGGGAAGGUGAGAGAUACCAUGACCUGCCUCAGUGGGAAGAAGAUGUGCAAGGGCAUGGACUGUACCAAUGGAAAGACAAGAGAGACCCAGAGCUCUCCCAAGUGGGAGACAAGACAGACAAGGAGCAAUGUCAGGAAGAAGACUACAGUGCCCAAGAGCUGCCCCAAAGGGAAGACAGGAGUGAGCAAAAGCUGUCCCAGUGGGGAGAGGAUGUCGGUUACAGCACCUGGGACAAACCCUGGCGCCCAGUGAACGCUGGGGACCCCCAGACUGUUCCCCAGGAGGGGCCCAGCUCUGCCAGCAGCGUGGGCACAGAGGUGGCAGCAGAGGCAGCCCGUGACCUGCCCAGUCCAGCUCCUGCCCUGGCGAGUGCCACAGACACCAAGCCGGCAGCUGCUGCCCCGGCCGGAGCUGCUGAGGAGGAGGAGCCCCAGGGGCCUCUGGCUCCUGUUGAGGAAGAGGCAGAAGGUUCUCCAGCCUUUGGAGAGCAGGUGCCAUGGGCAGGGACACAGAGCCCAGUCCCUGCCCCACACAGCCCCUCAGAGGGCAGUGAGGCCCUGCUGGACACAAAACAGUACAUCACAUGUGGGAUCGUGAAGAAGGCUGAGCUUGUGAUCCAGGGAUCCAGCCAGGAACCGGAGGAACAGAGAGAGCUGGAACAAACCAGGAAUGCAGACAUGCAAGAAACUGUAAGAGCACCUGGGUCAGAGAGCCCCGUGUCUGCCUCAUACAUCCCCUCCGAGGGCAGUGAGGCCCUGCUGGACACAAAGCAAUACAUCACAUGUGGGAUCGUGAAGAAGGCUGAGCUUGUGAUCGAGGGAUCCAGCCAGGAGCUGGAGGAACAGAGAGAGCUGGAACAAACUACAGCUACAGAAAUGGUACCAUUAGUUCCAGCAGAAAGGACAGAGAGUCCAGUCCCUGCCCCGCAGAGCCCUCCAGACAACACCCAGGAUCUGCUGGACAUGGCCUUUUGGCUCUUCAGGGAGAUCAUGAGGAAGGCUGAGCGCGUGCUCAGCUGCUGGCCAGAGGAUCAGAGGGUCCCAGAACAAAGCACGGCUACAGAAAUGAAAACAGCAAUUACAGCAGAAAGGACAGAGAACCCGGCCCCUGCCCCACACAGCCCCUCAGAGGGCAGCAAGGCCCUGCUGGACACAGACCAGUCCAUCACCCAUGAGAUCCUGAGUGAGCCUGAGGCUGAGAUCCAGGGAUCUGACCAGGAGCCAGAGGAAGAGAGACACCUGGAACAAACCAUGGACACGGUAACAGCAGUUCCAGCAGAAAGGGAAGAGAGCCCAGUCCCUGCCCCGCAGAGCCCCUGCUCCCCCAGCAGCCCCUCACCUUCCCAGGUGAAAGCCCAGGCCCUCAGCGAGCAGCAGGAGGGAGCAGGAGGGGACUCAGCCCUGGCAGUGCAAGACACUGACGAGGGGCCCUUCCCUGGGGAGGGCAUAGGCUGGAAAUACUACGUUGACCAAGACAUUUCCCAGUGGGAAGAUGAGGGAGACCAAGAGUUGUCCCAAGAAGACGUCAACACAUACCAAGAAGUGUCCCAGUGGGAAGACUGCAUUGAGCAGGAGCUGUCCCCUGGAGAAGUCAAGAGCUACCAGGAAUUCUCUGACUGGGAAGAAAACAUCGAGCAGGAGCAGUCCCAAGGAGAAGAGAGUAGUGGCCAAGAAGUGUCCGACUGGGAAGAAUACAGCGAGGAAGAGGAGCCCCAAGGAGAAGUGAAGAGCUACCAAGAAGUGUCUGACUGGGAAGAAAACAUUGAGCAGGAGCAGUCCCAAGGAGAAGAGAGCAGAGGCCAAGAAGUGUCUGACUGGGAAGAAUACAGCGAGGAAGAGUUGUCCCAUGGAGGAGUGAAGAGCUACCAAGAAGUGUCCGACUGGGAGGACUACAGUGAGGAAGAGCAGUCCCAAGAAGUCAAGAGGCACAAAGAACUGUCCAACUGGGAGGACUCCAGCGAGGAAGAGCAAUGCCACGGAAAAGGCAGUAGCUCCUCAGAAGUGACCGACUUGGAAGAAUGCAGCAUGAAAGGGCAGCCCCAAAGAAAAUUCAGUAACUACCAAGAACUCCUGUCCGACUGGGAGGACUCCAUUGCCCAAGAGCUGGGCCAUGCUGAAGACUCCUUGGGCCAGGACUUUUCCGACUGGGAAGACUACACACCCUCCUGGCUCUCCCGAUGGGAAGAUGACAGCGACAGAGAGCUGGCACUGGCGGACUGGGAACACACGAGCGUCCCCAGCUUGGGGGUCAAGCCCUUGCUCCUGGAGGAGGACGA